AUGACUUCGAAGUUAACAGAUUGCUUCAAAAAUCUGCGCCUGGUUCCAGUACCAUUUGGUGAAUACCAGAGAAAUGAUCCCGACACGCCUCCUAUUAUGGUUAAUUUUCGUUUACCGGAUUUAUGGCGAACUGUACGAAUAGAAUUUAAAAAUGACGAAGAGCGCUUAUUCACUGACCGUUCAACCAUAUGCAAGCUUUCUAAAGUCUGCGCUAAUGAAGUUGAAAAUCUUGAAAAGGCAGGACAGGAGCUUGUCAUUCGAUUGGACAAUGUAACCUGCGAUGCUAUGGAGCGUCUGCUUUUUGCCGUCUGUCCUACAAUAUAUGGACAGUAUCCAAUUCCUCCAACAAUUUUCGAUGUUGGUAUUAUCUGCCCAGUUGCUUGCUGCCUGCAAAUGGAUAUGGUUAUCAUGAUGUGCGAAAAGGUUCUGGAAAAUGAUAUACAUUCGGAACUUACGCCGACUGAUUUACUCAUCAGUUCCUUUAGCACGGCAUAUAAAUGUCAGCUGAAACCAACAUUGCAGGCGAAACUAUUCACCAAAAUUCUGGAAUGUGAGUACUGGAAAUUAAAACUCUCUUUAGUUCGUAAAGUCGAUUCACCCUGUUUGCGCAUUUUCUUAUGGAACUUCAGAGAAAUGAGUCGCACUACCUUAUGUUUGAAAAAAGCGCUUAAAGAACAUUGUUACGUGAGACGCAGAAAAUCCUGGGUAGGCGAAGACCUAGAUCCACCAACGAAAGAAUUGUUCCGACUUUGCAUCUACAACGAAUUACUGUUUUCGCAUGUCACAAUAACCGUACAAACAGAAAUUUAUAAAUCUACCUGUAAUCUAUGUGAGAAUGCUUCACACAUUAUGAGUAUAGGAAACUGUACUAUGAAAACCGUUCCAAAAAAACUUUUUCUGUGUCAGCAAUGCAAUAAAACACUGUGUUCGAGUUGUGAGGCAAGUUUUUGUAUUCCGAAAUUAGUUGAAUUUCUGGAAGAUGUCCGUGAGGCUGAAAAAUCUCCGGAUAUGUUGAAAAAGCUUUGUACUCUUGUUGCACUAAAUUCUUCCGAUCACGAUGCCGCUAGAGCAUUAGUAAACAUUCAUUAA